AGCUUCUGUUAUGCGUUUGCUUCUUGGUUAGAAUAGAGCCCUGGUGGCCGCCGUACUGGGUGGGGCUAAUGUAGGCCAGGGCCGCGCGGGCGGGGCUGUGGCGAUGGGGAAUCUGUUCGGGCGCAAGCGGCGGAGCCGGGUUACCGAACAAGACAAGGCCGUGUUGCAAUUGAAACAGCAGCGGGACAAAUUAAAACAAUAUCAGAAAAGGAUAUCUCUGCAGCUGGAGCGAGAAAGAGCGGUUGCUUUGCAGCUACUGAAAGAUGGCAAGAAAGAAAAAGCCAAAUUGCUGCUGAAGAAAAAGCGCUAUCAAGAACAGCUGCUGGACAAAACAGACAACCAAAUUAGUAACUUGGAACGCAUGGUCCAAGAUAUUGAAUUCAUCCAAAUUGAGAUGAAAGUGAUCGAGGGCCUCAAAAUUGGCAACGAGUGCUUAAAUAAGAUGCACCAGGUUAUGUCAAUAGAAGAAGUGGAAAGGAUCAUGGAUGAAACCCAAGAAUCUAUAGAGUACCAGAGGCAAAUAGAUGAGAUGCUGGCUGGCAGCUUCACUGAAGAGGAUGAAGAUGCCAUUUUAGCUGAAUUAGAUGCCAUCACUCAGGAGCAGAUUGAUCUUCCAGAAGUUCCCUCAGAGCCCCUCCCAGAAAAGAUUCCAGAAACAUCGCCCAUCAGAGUCAAGCCAAAGCCGGAAUUGGUGGCAGCAUCUUAACUCCACUUCCUGGGAGAUCCCUGCAGGGAAUCCUGGAAUCCCAGCCUGCCUGGGGUAUAAGAGAUGCUUCCGUGGUAUCCUGCUGGGCAGUAGAAAGCCAUGCUGGAGUAGAUUUCCUGCACAGAGUGGAAGCUGCAGCUGGUUAUUGUUCCUAUAUCAAGAUGAUUUUUUUAGUGCGAUCUCUCCUUUUUUGUAACUUAGACACUGGACUGAACAGUGAUUCUCAAGUCCUUGAAGCCAAAUGCUUUCUGCAGAGCAGAUUUCGGCUGCAGACCUGCCUCGGAUGCCAGCGCAACCUCUUGCUAACUGCCUAUGCCCUCCUGAUGCCCUUUUGAGCUGGUGGGUGCUGUGAACGGUUACAAGUUUUUCUGCUACACUACAGAAACUGCUGGGGAUGCUCUUGGUUUUUCUUUUGACUCUUUUUCAGUUCCCUGGAUUUUUGAGUGGAUUCUCUUAGCAGGAAUGGAUUCCCCAAACAUCUGUACCUGUUAGACCUGCUUGCUUGACAUUGAGAUGGGAGUAUCAUUUCUGUGGGUAGUAAUUUCUUCUAGUGGAGAUACAAGAAGAGCCUCCCAUGUUGAAAGUGUGCUUGGGAUGUGAACAUGGUUGUAGUUCUAUGCAGCAGGAAGCAGAGCCAGGCUGGAUCUCUAAAAAGACAGAAGGCCUGUUUCCUACUGGGUUGGUCUAAAGAACUUGCUAAGAAUUCAUCUCUCAACACCCCACACAGGAACUGGGUAGUUGCAAAGCAGCUUCUUGAUGGCUCUUGCAUUCCCUAGCCUGCUGCCUGUCUAUAUUAGGUGAAAAUGGAAGGCACGUUAACUCCUGAGGUGGUGGGAGCUGUCUGCUGUAUCUACUGUUCCUCUUCGUACCAGAUGGAGGAGUCAGGAACAUGGCAAAUCAGUGCUACCCACACGGGGCUAAACAUCUCCUGCCCCUUCCCCCCAUUAUUUAAGACCUGAAUUAUUAUUUUUCCUCCUGAAUGUUAGAAAGGGCUGGAUCCCAGUUAACUCAGUGGUAUUGCUGGCUGCUUUCCUUGGAUGGUGAAAACUUGACUCCAGGCCAUGUGACUUCAGGCAACUGUUAAUCUCUGGCCUGAGCUACCCUUGUGGUUAGCAACCUGGGAUGUAUGCCAAAUUGUCUGUCUUUUAGAGCCAGCUGGCAUGCACUGAUGCUUGUAUCCAUAUUACCUGCUGUGGUUGUGUGACUUGUGUCUCUCCAUGGGCAGUUCAAUAGGCCAAAGCUGGGUGUGGGAUAUUGAAUGUCCUUGUGGCAGUACAUACCUUAAGAAUAGGGAUUCUUACCAGCCGACUUUUUUUGCUCUUUGGAGCCCAAGGUUAUAGCUGAAAAGAGUCCCCAUCCACACCCUGAUUGGCACAUACAAUUGUAUCGUCAUGUUCAUGCAAAAGAAGAGGAGCAUAACUGGGCAUUUUGGAAUGUAAUGAUUUUGCAGUGGGUUUUCAUCCUUUGGAUCUGUUGUUUGAAGACAUCCUAGCUGCCCCCCUCUCCCCCCAGCAGCUUCUCUCUUACCAGCCAUUGUCUCUAGGAUGCUUUUUUCUCAUCCCCUUCCCCCAAAUGCUGUGGGUAACUUUCAGAUUGCUGAGCAGUGAGUUAUAUAGAUUUCCCUUGAGUUCACUGUUUACACUUAAAUAUCCUCCCUACUUUUAUAAUGGUGUUGUGUUCACAGUGCAGCAUUGGUCUUGACACCAUUCAACCAAGCUUAACACCAGAAAAGUAGUGUGGUUCUUAAAUAGCUGGUUUGCCCUUUACCAGUUCUGGCUUCCUGCUGUUAUAUUCAUGGUGACCAUCAGGUGGCAAUCAUGUCCUUCCCUAUUCCAUUGCUGUUGCUGAGAGUAUUUUCUCUAUUCCAUCUCCCUUUUGCUCAGCCUCUUGCUUAGGGUUUGUUUUAUUGAUUAUUUCUAAGCAAAUGGUAAAGUGGAUGGCAAGGAACAUCAGGCUUUCCCUCUAGGCAUUCUAUUGACAUUCAGCUUCCUUACGAGGAUCCUUAGCAAACUCUGUUGGGUCCAGUUAACCACUGAACCCUGUUGCCUGGGGGAGAGGUAAGAAGCGUUUUUUCUCCUUCGCUGCCAGUUAAGUACAGAUAAGGAAAAGCUCUUGCGAAGACUGGUGUGUGCUGGCCCUGUGGGAGACAGCACUGCAGAUGAGCAGAAGUGCCCUUUGAAAGCAGCCUCUGGAGCAACCAAAAUUGCUGACCUCUGAUUUCUGGAUGGGUGCUUCUGUGGCUGAAGCCAGGUGGAGUUUGGGCUGCUGUCCUGCCUCCAUGAAACAGCUGAACUCUCCACUUUGCCUGCGUGAACAGAACAUUUCUCUCUCUCAGACUGAACCGCCAGAGGCAAAAGGAGGUGCAGUCCAGGCGGUAAUAAUAAAGUGUUUCUAACACAGUCA